CGGCUUUAAUUCUCCAGCGAGACAAAAAAUCAAACGUCAAACGGUUAUCUAACACCUCGCCACCGAUUCAUCGGGGAAGACGGGUUUAGGCUGAUGGCUGCGAAGCGCCAGACCAGGGGCUCAAAGUCAUCGCCGGCGAUUCCGCUGACGCCAGAGUCCACCGUACCUCCCCGCCGCUCUCUCCGUUCCGCGACCGCGACAACCUCCGACCCUACCACCCCUGUCGUUCCAACGUCCGUUGCCGACCGCACUCCCAAAUCCGUUUCGAAGCGGUCGUUGUCGCACCCAGAUGCUCCGUUUGUCACCCCGGACCGGCAGAUGCAGCGGAGGUCGGGAACCCCCUUGAGGACCACCCAAAAGGGAGAUGCUUCGGGUCUGUCUCCAAUCACCCCGGACUCGAAGCAGCGGCGGCGGCCCGGACCCUCCGUUGCCAACCGCACUCCCAAAUCCGCUUCUAAGCGGUCGUUGUCGCGCCCAGAUGCUCCGAUUGUCACCCCGGACCAGAAGAAGCAGCGGAGGUCGGGAACCCCCUCGAGGACCCCCCAAAAGAGAGAUGUUUCGGGUCUGCCUCCAGUCACCCCGGACUUCAAGCACUCUAGGACCGCCCGAAGGAGAGUUUACUACAAGAAGGUAGUCUUUGACGAGGUCGAGUUCGAGGUCGGAGAUGACGUGUACUUGAAGAGGAGGGAGGGGCUGGAGUCGGAUGAUGAUGACCUGGAGGUGGAGGAGUGCCGGAUCUGCUUCCGGGAAGGCGGGACGGUGAUGAUCGAGUGCGACGACUGCUUGGGAGGGUUUCAUCUCAAGUGCUUGAAGCCGCCGCUUAGGAAAAUCCCGGAGGGGGACUGGAUCUGUGACUUUUGUGAGGCCCGGAAGCUGGGAAAGGAUGUCCAACUCCCAAGCCCGCCCAAAGGAAAAAAGGUGCGGAGGACGGCCAAAGAGAAGCUCCUUUCUUGCGAUCUCUGGGCUGCUCGGAUCGAGAGCUUAUGGAGGGAACCGGAUGGUACUUAUUGGCUCAAGUGUAGAUGGUACAUCAUCCCUGAAGAGACUGCCGUAGGGAGACAGCCACAUAACUUAAGAAGGGAGCUAUACCGAACAAAUAAUUGCAAUGACAUCGAGAUGGAGUGUGUCAUUCGACAUUGCUAUGCUAUGAACCCUAAGGCCUACAGUGAAGCCAAAGAUGCAGGAGAUGAUGUAUUCUACUGUGAAUAUGAGUAUGAUAUUCACUGGCAUAACUUCAAGCGUAUAACAGAUAUUGAUGAUGCCAAUGAGAAUGACAAUGGAGUUGAAAGCGAUGAGGAGUGGGUUUACAAGGAUUCUGAUGCAGAAGAAGAUUUAGAAAAUGAAGGACUUAUGAAAUCCCCUUCUUGUCAGAGGAAGCAUGAAGUGGCGGCUAACAUAUGCAAGGGAAGAACAUUUGGCCUUCAAAAAAUUGGUAUAAAGACAAUCCCUGAGCACACACGAUGCCGUAAACAGACCGAUCUUGAAAAGGCCAAGGGGAUGCUGUUGUUAGCGAGUUUGCCAAAAUUUUUGCCUUGCAGAACUAAGGAAAUGGAAGAAAUUACUGCAUUCAUCAGAGGUGCUAUCUCUGGUGAACAUUGUUUAGGACGAUGCCUUUAUAUUCAUGGUGUUCCAGGAACUGGCAAGACUAUGUCCGUACUUUCAGUCAUGAGGAAUUUGAGGUCUGAGGUCGAUGCAGGAACUCUGAGGCCAUAUACAUUUGUGGAGAUUAAUGGUUUGAAACUGGCUUCUCCUGAGAAUAUUUACAAAGUAAUUCAUGAAGCUCUAAGUGGUCACAGGGCCGGGUGGAAAAAAGCUCUUCAUUUUCUGAAUGAACGUUUUAACAAUGGUACCAGAGCUGAGAUAAAUGAGCAUCGACCUUGUGUUUUACUCAUAGAUGAGCUUGAUCUUCUUUUGACACGAAACCAAUCGGUCUUGUAUAACAUUCUCGAUUGGCCUACUAAACCUCAUGCAAAUCUUAUUGUUAUAGGGAUAGCAAACACAAUGGAUCUUCCUGAAAAGUUAUUGCCUCGCAUUUCGAGCAGAAUGGGAAUUCAGAGAUUAUGUUUCGGGCCUUAUACUUAUCAGCAAUUGCAAGAAAUAAUAUCAAGUCGUCUUAACAGCCUUGAUGCAUUCGAGGAUCAAGCCAUUGAGUUUGCUUCAAGAAAGGUUGCUGCUAUGUCUGGUGAUGCCAGGCGUGCUUUGGAGAUAUGUAGGCGAGCAGCAGAGAUAGCAGAUUAUCAACUUAAGCAGUCACUGUUAUCAAAACAAUCUUUGGGUUCACGUGAUGAUUUGAUGGAAGAGAAACAGCGAGUUCGGAUGACUCACAUCCAGGCUGCCCUAGAAGAAGUCUUUCAGGCACCACAUAUUCAAGUCAUGAAAACUUCUUCAAGACUGAGCAAAAUAUUUUUAGUGGCUAUGGUCCGUGAACUCUACAGAACUGGUUUGGGUGAAACAAAUUUCGAAAAGCUUGCAACGACUGUUAUAUCUAUGUGCUCAAGCAAUAGGGAAGCACCUCCUGGAUGGGAUACACUCAUGAAAGUGGGGUGUAAGCUUGGUGAGAGUAGAAUAAUUCUUUGCGAGGAAGGCACAAAACACAGGUUGCAAAAGUUGCAGCUUAACUUCCCAAGUGAUGAUGUUUCUUUUGCUUUAAAAGACUGCUCGGAACUACCCUGGUUGGCAAAAUAUUUAUAAGUGCAUGGUGGUAAUAUGGCAAAAUAUCUACUUCCGUCCGUCGUGGUUUUUUUGUUUCUUUUUUCAUGGAUUCGAUUGAGAGCCUUGACUAGGAUGAAUUGAUCAAUCUCGUGUCUCUGUUUCAAUCGGCAGUUUGUUCUUCAUUUCUUUGUCAGAGCACUCAUCAAAUUGGCAAACUAAGGGAGGUUAUGCUGGCACCUUAGCGAGGUACAGCCAUGUUUCUGCGGCAAAGAGGAUGGCUUAUUGCAGGAUAAAUUCAGAGGCGAUGAGGGUGGUGAAGUCUGUGCUUCAGCGUCAACAAUGAGGAUGACUAAGGGAAAAAUCCACUGAACAAUUGUGUGUUCUUGUCAGAGACUUCUUUGCUCAGUGAGAUUAAAAACUCAAUUACCCAGGCCGGAUGUAACUUUGGCGAGUGUAUCAAAUUAGACAAUCCGAUACUUUUGUACUAUUGUAUGGGUUUCAUCUGGUAUAUUCAUGUGCAAAUUUGGUGGCAUA